UCCUUUUUGAAUCCAAAUAGCUUUAUUUGCAGUGAACUGUGUCCAUUGCAACGUUAGUUAUUUUUUAUUUUUUAUUUUUUAUUUUUACACAGGCGGCAAAUCGGCACGUUUGGCCUGAGAUGAACUUAAGUAUAACAUAGUUGUGCAAGUAGAGGAAUCUUUCAGACCAAGAGGUUUUGUACGACGAUGGCAACCGCUCAGAAUAUGAACGCGGUCCGGGAAACGAUGGACGUUCUGCUGGAGAUCUCGAAGCUGCUGAACACAGGUCUAGACAUGGAGUCCUUGUCCAUCUGUGUCCGUCUCUGCGAACAGGGCAUCAACCCGGAGGCCCUGUCCUCCGUCAUAAAGGAGCUGCGCAAAGCGUCCGACACCUUCAAGGCUUCAGAGAACAGCGCAAGCUGACGUGGGAAGCGUGAGCCCCGUCGUGAUUUGCAAACGGUGAAAAGACUGAUCUGUAAUGUGUGUCAAGUGCAAACAGGAUGGAUGUGUUUAUACUUUAAAUUAUAAAAGUAAAAUUCAAUGAAAUCUUUAGUCUCCUUACCACAGUUCUGUUACCUUUUUUUUAUACGUACUACUAAGUGUGUGUACCAGUUGUCCCAUAGUUAGACUGAAAAUCUGACUUUGACAGUGAAAGUUAAUUUAAAUGUUACCAAGAGAUGUGAUUAUGCCAAUACAGGCUGUCCCCGAGUUACGAAUGUCCAACUUAUGUACAACCCAUAGUUGUGAACCACCCUCGUUACUGACCAGAAGUUAAUUUUUUUGUCACCCUUAAGUAACAAUCAAAUGAAAACUUCAUAUUAAGCCUAUUAUA